AUGUCGCAACGAGUGGCCUCGGGACCAGAUCCGGCCUCUCUGAAAUUGGCCGAUUUGUCGAGGACUGGCAAAAUAGUGUUGGGGAAUCGAGCGAAGCACUUCGGUGGAGUUUCUAAGAGGUUUACCAGUUUUGGAGGUUACCGCCACCUUAAAGGGUGCGGAAAAGACGCCACUCGGGAAGAGCCUUUGGAUUUCAAUUCGAUAUUUCGAAAGAAGGGUCAUCCAGUUUACUCGAGACCUCCUAAGUGGUCUGUGAUGCCUCGAAAUGAGAAGGGCUCGAUAACUGAUGUUGGAAAGAAAUAUCCUAAGUAG